AGGGCUAGGGAAGGAAGAAGCUGCCUAGGUCCAUGUGUCGCCCACGUUCUCGAACCUAUUGUCAUGGAGUUCCAAGGAUCUGAACCAAUGGCAUUGGGAUCUCCAACAUCUCCUAAGCCAGGUGCUGGUGCUCAGUUUUUACCUGGUUUCUUAAUGGGAGAUUUACCAUCCCCUGUAACUCCUCAGCCACGGAACUUUUGUGGCACUUUGGCAGGAAUAACAGAUGUGCGAUCUCCCUUUGGAGGUCCUGGUAUGUUUAGUCCAACCACUAUUGGCCAACACAGAAAGGCCACUCUUUCUCCUGCACAGGCAGAUCCCUUCUACACUCAAGGCGAAUCUCUUACAUCUGAUGAUCACUUAGAUGACACUUGGAUUACAGUUUUUGGGUUUCCACCAGCAUCUGCUUCAUAUAUCCUUCUACAGUUUGCACAAUAUGGAAACAUUUUAAAGCAUGUGAUGUCAAACAAUGGAAACUGGAUGCAUAUUCAGUAUCAGUCUAAACUGCAGGCCAGGAAAGCUUUAAGUAAAGAUGGGAAGAUUUUUGGAGAAGCUAUCAUGGUUGGAGUGAAGCCAUGCAUCGAUAAGAGUGUUAUGGAGACAGCUGAUAGAGCUUAUGGAACACCCUUCUCAGUCUUUAGUCCUCCUAGCAACGCUGUGGGUACACCUAUACAGUCGCCAAGCACACCACGAACAACCACAAUGAGGCCUCUGGCUGCAGCAUACAAAGCUUCUAGCAGUGACUAUCAGGUGGUUUCAGACAGGCAGACCCCUAGAAAAGAUGAGAGCCUUGUUUCCAAAGCCAUGGAGUACAUGUUUGGUUGGUAGUGCUCCUAUUGAGGAAAUUUGAGGAGUAUGGAUUUUUUUUUGACAACUUCCAGUUGCAGAUAAACACUUAAUGUGCAAUUGCGCAGACUACUCUAGUAAUUGACAGCAAAAAAACUCUACCACUAAUACAGUUGGUUAGUUGUAUAACCACUGUUAUUGGGACAAGGGUGUGCAUUUAUCAAGACCAGGUAACCUGUAAAUAGUUUGCACUUUAAAAUUUGACUUAAUGCAUAAGUUUACAGGAAGUGUGAUUACAAGGGUGGGUUGCCACAUAAAGUUGGUAACAAGUGUUAUAAUGUCAAAUUGUUGCCUUUUUAAUUUUUUGGUGCAUGCAUUUCUCUAGAAUGAAAAUGUUUUAGGGUGGGGGGAAUACUUUUCUGAUCAUGUUCUUUAUCUCUCUGAACUGAAAUAUGUCCCUGACGUCUCCCAUUGUAAUUUUAAUCCACAUUAUCAAGUGAAAAUAAAUGAUCUUUGUACAUUUAGGGAAGUCCAUGACCAUGUGUAUUAUAAAUGAUAUGCUGUCCUAUAAUUUGUCUUUCCAUACUGAACUGACAGUGUUGCUUCAAAAUGUUAAAAUUACUGGCGGUUAAUCUGAUUUUUUUUAAUGCCAAAAAGUUCCACAUUUUAAAUGUUGAGCCCUAUUAUUGCAGAUUCCUAAGUGUUAUUAGUAUUUUUGGUGUUCAUUGUUUUGUAAAACACAUUUUUAAAAGAUUGAUAUUUUUCUAAAAACAAAUAUUAUGAUAUUGUGUAUCAGGAUUUGCAGAUAGGUAAUGAAGUUUGUGUAUGAAACUUUUCUAACUUAGCUAGAUUUUACAGAAUUGUGUAUUUAUGAAAUAGUUCAUUAUGUUCCAAAAAUCUGUUUUAAAAAGAUUGUCCGGCGGCAGUCACAAAUUAAAAUAGCACUCGCAUAUAUAAAAUGGUGUCAUGGAAACAUUACCAUGUUUGAAAAUAAAAUUGGAUGCAUCAAGUGGUCAUGUUCCACCACUUAGUCUGGCCAACAAUUUUAUUUCAAGUUGUCAAUAUAAAGACCGCCCCCCCCCCCACCGAAAUUUACAUGGUGUCAAAUCUGUUGUGGAGAAUGAGUGACAUGACCACAUGGAAACCCAAAGAAUAAUUGCUUCUGAGUACAUGAGAUUAAAUAUUUGGGUGUAAAUUUUCAGUACUGUGUCAGUUACACAAGUUAAACCAUGCAUGGUAAUUGAAGCAUUGUUAAAACAUUGCUAAGUUGGUUUCUAACUGCUCUGGUGCAUCAUUUAUAUAUUUGAAUGCAUGAGUUAUACAUUGGGAUAUCUUUCUAUAUUACUGUCACUCUGGAAAAAGUGGUUAGUAGAUACAUGACAAUCUAUACUUCAAUAACCAGUAUAAUUGGAUGGGGUUAGAGAGACCUGUGUAAACAGUUUUUUGUCUGCAAGUGAUUUGUGGAAAGUCACACUGCCCUAUAUUUCACAGGACUAAAAAAAGGAAAAUACAUUUAUAUAAAGAACAAGUAUAACAAGUUUCUAAAAAAGUUUUACGUGCAUUUAAUCCUCAGUUUCCAAGAUGUUGUAUAAAUUUGACACACAUUGUGAAUUAUUGUAAUGUGUUAUGUUUCUUUACCCAUUAAGCACACAAGACUGCACACAAGUCAACAUGGUAUGUGGUUGGCAAAUCUUUGCUGGGCAGUGUAAGUAGAACAGUUGACCUCAGUGCCCCUUGGAAAUUGGGUGGCAGGGAGGCUUUGCACAUGUAGCCUUUAUCCAGUGAACUCUGCUGGAAACUCAACAUUUGUGAGAUUAGUAGAAACAGCAACAAUUUAUAUUUGUAAAGCACCUUUAGCAUAGUAAAAUGUCCCAAGGCGCUUCACAGGAGCAUUAUAAAACAAAAUAUGACACUGAACCACAUGAGGAGAUAUUGGGUCAGAUAGCCAAAAGCUUGUUCAAAGAGGUAAGAGUGCCUUAAAAGAGGAAAGUGAGGUAGAGAGGCAGUAAGGAUAUUCAAGAGCUUAGGCAACUGAAGUUGUGGCCACUGAUGGUGGAAUGAUUAAAAUCAGGGAUGCUCAGAGUUAGAGGAGAGUAGAUACCUCAUUGCGGGAUGAGAGGAAAUUACAACAUCUUACUGGUGAGGGUGAAAGGAGAUUACAAAUAUUGAGGGGCAUGGUCAUGGAGGGAUUUGAAAACGAGGAUGAAAAUUUUAAAAUCAAGAGGUUGCGUGAUUGGAAUACAGGACCUUGAACAAGACUUAGUGCUAGUUAAAAUAAGGGCAGAAGAGUUCUGGGCAACCUUAGGAGUGUGUUGAAAUAGUCAAGUUUGGCCAGGCGGGCUAGUGGAACGGAGAGGUGUGGCGUAGGCAGUUGAUCAAAUGAUUUUGAUCUUGGUGACAAAUGUUCGAGCUCUUCACACAUUUCCCCUCUACUCUCACCUUUAACGAGAGAAGUGUUUGAGAAGACUGUUUGCAGCGGAGAAAAGAGGCCAGGGUUAGUUGUUUUUUGUAUUCCCGCAUGAUCCUGAAAUAGUGAACUGCUCUGGCAUACGAGUGCAGAACCAAAUUGUGUUUUAAGUUGUCCAGCCAGAUCUGGCAGUGGACAUCUAAAGCAGUUUUCUAACACAGCCUUUCAAGUCUGCAUCUCAUGGACUUGAGGGAGCAGAGAUAAGGCCUGUGUCAGGGAAAUGGCCGGUGUGGGAGAGUAAUGGUUUUAUUGGGGACUAUGACAUCAAAGGUGGAGUUGAAGGUGCGGAGAGCAAAUUGGGUGGCCUGAAUUUUACGGGGUCUGCAGGAAUAGUCUGGCAGGUGUGUGUGGGGUGGGGUAGAGGUGAGGAAAUUGGGAGGAUAGGGACAUCGCCUUCCACAAUGGCAUUCUGGUAGUGGUGGGAAAGGUAGACAGUGGCCCUUCUGCCCAGAUGCAAAUUGUGCCAGCAGCUCUUGGAGGUGGGAUCUUAUCCCUUAAAGGGACAGGAGCCCUGACGGCUGCUCAUUAGCUGCUUGAUUGUCACAGGGUCUGUUUGUGGCUCCCACUUACAGUUGAGGUGGUAUUGCCCCCUCCCCCCUCUCUGGCAUGUGGUCGAAGCCACAACUCCUCUGACAAAAUCCAGCCUAGUAGCUGCAGAGAUGUUAUGAUAAUGGAAGACCAGAGGCCAGACAGCUGGGAUUUUGAAAAUGCAAUUGUAAGUAAAUAGAGGGAUAGCUUUUUCCAGGGACGAAUACAGGAGGAGGUAAGAUUGGGGCCUGGAAGAGGGAUGUGGUUAGUGAGUGAUACAAGCAAGUGAACAGAGAUGGACUUUAAUUGAUACAAUGGACUAGCAAGACCGAGAGGUGGCAGGGUCAAGGAGAUGGCCGUGAAUAUGGGUUGGGGAAUUUACAUGGGAAAGAUUUAGGGACAAUCGGAGGGCAGUGAACACCAAGGCGAGGGGUGAGGAGAAGAUGGAGUUGUUGCCCUCCAUACCAUAUUGUUUAAAUUAUUGCUGUCUGGUUUAUAUGAAAAAUGGCCACGUUGCAGUUCUGAAAGACUGACGACAUCUGUGGAAAUCUCCCAGGAGAAGCAAAGAAUUGACAUUGUUUGGAACGAUUUAUUUUUGGAAUAGCAAAUUAUUUUCAUAAAUGGAAAACGGUUUUGUGAAAGGUAACUGCUACACCCUCUCAAAGACUGAGGAGCUUGACAUGGCACUGAAAUUCCAACUUAACUAAUCAUUUUUUAAAAAAUGGACUUCUCAAGGUGGCACAAUGCUGCUCUGUGUCGUGUGCAGAGCGCUUUAUCUCACUAGUAGAAACUUUACAUUAGUUAUCCUAGCAUUUAGGAAACUUUGUAUCAGACUACCAACUAACAAUGGAGGGGAGAAACACAUGUUUAAAUUAAUUUGAUGUAUUUGAAUUAAUAAACUAUUGGAACCUAAA